AUGACCUCCAUGGUCCUCGGAGGUGGCUAUUGGUCGUUUGCAUCAGACAUAUCUAUGCUGAAACCUGCACUGCUCCAGACGGCGGCUGGUCUCGUAGCUUUCACUCAAAAUUCUGAGGGUGACAGAAAUGAACCCCCUGUGCUGCAGUGCCCUUUGCUUCGAAAUGUAAGGCUCAACCACUAUAUUCGAACCGAAGAUGUUCAGAAAUAUUUCACCCAGUCUUUCUGGGAUGUUGCGGUCCAGAAAUAUGGCACAGCUGCUCUAAGAGAACCAUCCAAAAAGCCACAUAAGCUCAACUACUACCCUGCUGAUGAAAAUUACAACAAGUACGACUUUGGAGAGAAUACCCUAGGCACUGAGGAAGACAUGGCCUGGGUACAAGACUUCAUGAGAGAGCUCGGCGAUAGAGGAAAUCUUGUGCUGUGGAGUUAUUUGAACAACUUGAUCAACGAAGCCUGCGAGUUUGAUUUGAUGAAUGCGCAAUUCGCCACUGACAUGAUGACUUGGACCCAUCGAGAUCAAAUCUGGAAACGUCUAAGUAGAGAAAUACUCACGAUACUCUGUGAGAUCUCGGCAUGCACAUAUCAACCAUCUCAAGACCAGGCCAAAGAUGACGUCCUGGAUUCUCUGUACAACUUGUGGAAGGGUACAAUCGCCCAACGAGGGGGGUAUCCUGACGCCCAAUCCGCUUCCCUGGACAACUUGUCUUCUGACCCAGAGACUUGGGCUCAAAACACCCGAUAUAGCGGUCUUGAGGUCCACGAAAAGCGUCUGCUACCCAGCCUCAUGGACUUUACGCGCCGUAUAGAAAGGGAGCUCAUGCACAUCGAAAGCAUGGUAUGUGAACUAUACCAAUCAGGAACCUCAAGUUGGCCGCUCUACCGCUUUUACAGUAUGGGGCAUGAUAGGAAAUUGCCCUAUCGAGUUGAUACGAUGAUCGAAUACAUAACCGACUUGUUGAUUCCCAUCGGAAUUGCUGAUCGAGGAAUCAAGAGUAUUGAUGCAGAGUGGUUCAAUCGAAUAUGGAACCUAGGCCGAAGAGCCAAGGACAUUCGACGACUCUUAGAUUUGGAUACCCGGAACUACGAGCACAAUUGGCGCGACCUCUUGUUAUCGAUGCCUAUGUUGCGCAAGUCCAAACGCAAGCCCCAUCAGAGACUCUACUUUUUGGCAAAAAAGGAGAUGAUGAAACUCACAGGAGGCCAACUGGAAAAGAUGAAAGAGUUCAAAAUCCGGUUCCAGAGAGAACUCAGUCUUGGAAGUUACAAAGUGGUCAUACCAGGAGGGGACCCCAACGUACUGAGCAUCGCUCAGCGGUUAUCCGGAACACUGGAUGAUGACCGAGGCAGCAAUGACCAUGAGCAAAGCAUCAAAGGACCAUCUACAGGUAUUUUCGAUAUCGAUGCCGUGAAGAAUCUGGUUCAUCAGCUCAGAGAAGAAGAAAAUGACACACAAGCCGAUAUCAUCAACCGUAUCACGAAUCGCAAGCAAAGUGAAGCCCCAACCUUGCAGAAAACUGCAGCGGAACAAGCUGGAAUUGUACUUCCGAUUCCACCCAAAUUCCAGGAGGUGGGUUUCAACAACCAGGCAGUGCCGCUGAAUAGCGUGAAGGAAUUCAAAGCAAAUAAUUCUCCAUUCUCGGCUUUCUCCUCGGGAACUAGCUCCCCCUUUCCUCGAUCCCAACUCAAUCAACCCCCUGCAUGGGCAGCAAACAGUACAGGAGACCUGGCUGCUUGGGUCAACCAUCGGCUCGCAGACGCACCACCUGUCGCACACGGUAUCACGCCUCAGCCAUAUGCACUUCGAGAGGACCUCACAGUGGAUCUUCAAAACAUGGCCCAAGCCAAGCUACCCAUGCGAAAUCCCGCCUCCUUCGCCAACGAGUAUCCUCGAGAAGUGGCACAAGAUCAAGACUCUCCUUUUGUGGCUGGUCCUCUUGGAGAUAUUGCCCAAGCUUGGGAAAAACAGUAUCAACCUGGGCAGAGCCCACCUCCUGCAGCAACUGGGGAUACACCAGUGGCUCACUCUUCUAAAACACCAACUCGCAGAGAGAGCCAGGAUAUUGGCAUGACCGGGGGCUUAAGCCAAGGACGUAAAGCCACAGUUUUGUCGCAUUUUGAUCACAGCAGCAGUGGGACGGACGUAUCAGACGAUGAAGAGCAACGGACGAGAGAGAGCAGCAGUAGCGGAACGACACUCAUUGGGUUGUCGGAUGUUGAGGAGGAGCUGCUUAGUAAGAUUGCAGCAUUCGAAAAGUCUGAGGCAAGAGAAAUGGGAUAUGAUUUGAAGCGAAGGUCAAGCUGGGUACAUCUUCUGUCCAAGAAGAAGAAACUAGAGAUACCUAAGGCCGGGAGACGUGUUCACAAAUCGAAGCCGAAGAAGCGCAGGGUGCCCAGAGUUUAG